UACUUUUCGUCUUCUAGCGUCUGGGUGUUAACUGCCAAGUUGAACUCUCCAAACAACAGGCCUUCGGUCAGAAGUGAAGGUCUUUUUUCCCCCGCUCUUCAUACUCCCCAAAGUUUUUUUUUCCUCUCGGUACAGGUGGAUUCUGCAUCCGCAGUGGCAGCAUGUCUCCUUCCACAUCCCCCCGGUUCUUCACGGAGAGGGAGGUGACCCGCCACUGCACUAAGGACUCAUGUUGGGUGCUACUCGGAUCCCGGGUUUUCGACGUGACCGCCUUCUUGCGGAUGCACCCGGGAGGGGAAGCGCUGAUACUUAGCAGGUCGGGGAAAGACGUGAGCAGGGAGUUGGAGGGACCCCCGCAUCGACACUCGGAAAACGCCCGACGGUGGAUGGAACAAUACUACAUCGGAGAGUUGGACCGAGACAGCGACAACGACACAGGGGAGCUUCAGAAUCUGAGGGAGAGGAGGAACUCCACUAAACAGACAGAAGAAAAAACAACGCAAGUAACGCAGAAAGAUGACGACCAGAAUGCCCCAUACAAUCUCUGCAGCUGUGUGGACCUCGAAAACGAUUUGGUGGACUGGAGGAAGCCCCUGGCGUGGCAGGUAGGCCACUUAGGAGAGAAAUAUGAUGCCUGGGUUCACCAGCCAGUCGACAGGCCCAUCAGACUGUUUGGAAACCCUUUCCUUGAGGCCAGCACCAAGACUUCCUGGUACUGGGUGCCAGUGGUGUGGCUUCCUAUUGUGUGUUAUCUUAGUUGGUCUUGCUUCACCACCCUGGCAAAGGGCACAACCAGAAUACCCAUCACCUCAGACUUCUCUGUCAUGGUCCACAAGUACACUUUCCCACUGCUCUUCAUGAUUGGCUGGUUCUUGUGGUCAUUCAUCGAGUACUGCAUCCAUCGCUUUGUCUUCCACAUGAAACCACCAGCUCAUAACUACUACCUCAUCAUGCUACACUUUCUCUUGCAUGGACAGCAUCACAAGUCUCCAUUCGACGGGUCUCGGCUGGUCUUUCCACCCGGAUUGGCCUCCGUCGUUGUUGGAUUUUUCUACACGAUCCUCAAUAACCUGCUGCCGGAUAUUGUGGGCAUGUCCAUAUUUGUCGGGGGACUGUGCGGCUACGUCGUGUACGAUAUGAUCCACUACUACCUUCACUACGGGUCGCCCAAGAAAGGUUCUUACAUGUACAGCUUGAAAGCCUACCACGUCAAACAUCACUUUGAGCACCAGAGAUCAGGUUUUGGAAUCAGCACCGCAUUCUGGGACCACCCCUUCAACACAGUCAUCCCUGAUGAGAAAUUCUAAUCGUGAAGGUCUCCAGUACAGGGCCAAAAGUACUGAUCAAGAACCCUCCUGUUAUUUCUUAAACCAAACAGACAGCCCAGUUCCGCCAAAAUGGAGGAUACAGCUUUGCCUACGCCGCUAUCUGUCCACACUUUCAUUAUUUCAUCUUGCAUUCCCAUUCCUGUCAGCGCCACAUUCCUUCUUUCUGUGCGUGUUGCUGUGCGCUUCACCUCACUGUUGCAAGGCAUCGCUCUGCACAAACCAAAUCACCCGCCGUUGCUGCUCUUUUAACCACGCUGACCUCCCCUGUCAGAUCACUUGAGUUAGCCCGCCACGAGAUGCAUCUGGGAGGUGAUUGAAACGCAAUUCAAACACGGCAUUACUCGGAUCCAUCGGGCCGACACAAACGAAUCGAUUUAUCCUAUCGACUAUUCCAUCGAUUACUUGGGUAAACAACACCCCUGCGCGUAACUGCCCGGUCCAUUUUUUUGUUUUGUUUUUUCCGUAAAAUGUUUGACAGUGAUGAGCAUCCACCUCCAAAAAACGUUUUACCAAGGUUGAUAUAUAUUACCACUAAUAUCACUUAAAAGUAGACAAUAUGUUCAUAUUAAUUUUCGUAUAAGCUAUUGUCUGCUGGUGCGCAUUCUGUCUCGCUGGCUCAAGUGCCUCUGCUCUGUUGGCUCACAGUUGAUGCGAGGAGAAACGGCCGCGUCUGCCAUGCUUGCCUGUUCUUUAUUUGUUCUUUAUUUCCCACCAUCAUCGCAUCACUUUACACUCACAUUCAUCACCGCUCAGCGUUUCGCGAUGAGAAAGACAGGAAGCUAUGCUAAGCUAAGUUAGCUGAAGAGGCUUUAAACACGCACCAAGCGGUCAUGGCAAUUCAGUGGAAAAUCAAGUGAUGCGGCAUACUGUGACAAAGAUUAAGUUUGUUCAGUGUUAAUUGACUUCAAAACACCAAUUUAAAGCUGUAUUGUUAGCUCGAAGAGUAUCAAGCAGCCACCGGCAAGUAAUCACGCAGGUCACAUUGCCGCGUUCAAGUCUUCAGUCUUGGCCAGCUCCCCUUUGCAGCAAUUUAUAAAAUCUUAUUUUUCUCCCUUUUCUGUCUCAAGGGACCACAAAGCCUUGGUAUCUUCAUCUGCAUGAACAAGUUGCCGGAAGGGAGCGUCCGCAGCUACAAAUGUCGGUGCAAAGACACAAAAUUGGCCCAACAUCGGUUCCAUGUGCCACAAAUAUAAAUUUUAAAAUGAUUAAAAACAGUUUUGAGACAUGCGUUUCUGAUUCAACCGAAUGCUGUAUUCGACACAACCGAGUUUGUCAACUUAUUUUUCCCAGCCAUACCGACGCAUCUAUCGUUGUAAAAUGUACUAUGGGGCGGAGUUCAUUUAAUCAAAACCACUGUGGAAACAACGACAACAACAAAUCACGUACCGUCAUUGUCCUUCUCAUUCUCAAUACGCGUUUCCCUAAAUUUAUGCUUUGAGUCCCUCAGGGCGGAAAAGGGGAGUCGGGAAGUGACAGAAAGUGUGUGAACGUCGAAUACGGGUGGCGCAGGCCAGGAUAGCGGGAAACAAAGUAUGUGUAACCUGGGAUCUUCUCCCUAUGGUAGAGGAUUUGUCCAUCCGUUUGGAUUAAAUGCAAGUAACAUUAUUCUCUUGAGUACAAAGUUUAUUCGUAGUGUUGACUUUAAAUGUUGGAAAUGUCAGUGCACUGUAUUUUUCUAAGUCUGUUAAUUUCCCCCCAUUUUCUUUCUUUUGUCAAUAAUGAUGCUACAACAAUGUAAAAUAAUAAUAAUAAUAAUGUUUUAUAAGAUGCUUUGUACAGCAAAUUCUUAGAUAGCUCCACAUGACAUCAUCCGAAAGAGAUCAGCAGUUUUUCACCAAUUUAGAAAUCGACGGAUGAUGUCAACAUACGUGCCAGAGGAAGAGUGAAGGAAUGAGGUCAGCUUGCCAGGCUUCCGGCUGUGGGGACUUUGGGGUCAAAGCUGUCUAUUUCCAUCUUUUUUUUUUUUUUUUUUUUUUUUACAUGUUGAAUUUAGUCAUUUGAGAAGAAACUGUGCAUUGAGCGACUGCUUGCGAUGACUCCACAGCUCCCACGAGGAUGACGAUGGAGCGACUAUCUGACUGAGCAGCAGGAGGUUUCGAUAGCUGACGGAGCCUCAAGCGUCCCCUCUGAGCACCGUUGAUUACCAAUGCAGAACAAACCAUUGACACGAAAUAUAUUUUGACUUAAGAGAAAAUUUACUUCAAGGGAAUCCACUCGUUGGCAGAAUGACUCACAUUUAACGAAAUACGUACAUGCAUAAAACAGAAAAGAACAUGCGAAUUAUAUUCAUGCUUUUUACCAUUUUCACCCAUUUUUAAUAGAUGAAAAAUGUCAAUAAUUGUGGACUAACAGCUUUUGUAUUCGAAACAGCAGCAAUAACUCUAAGUCUGUGAUAAUGAGGCGGCUGUGUACUGAAACACAACGUACCCCACCCUGUAUUCGCAGAGUUGGCGACAUAUGUUUUCUUCAUAUCAUGUGUCAGUACUGUAAUAGAAAUAUGAUCACAUUCAUGAAUGUCCAAUGCAUGAAGAAAGCCUUGAUAUUAAUUUCAAGCACACAUAUGUUCAUAGGUAAACCAUUUAGAUAGUGGCGAUGAUGGUGAUGAUGAUGAUGAUGAGUGUACCAGUAGAGGUUGUGCACAGGUCAUGCCUGUUGGAAUAAAGUAUACACAAAUCAUGAUA